UGAACAAAAUCUGAUUCUACAAAACUGGAUUGCAAGCUGAUUGGUGGGAACUGGAUCACUCUUCAACAGGACAGAAGCCUGAUCACUGUCUGAUUGGAUGGAAUCGCUCUCCAAUGGAAUGAAAAUUGAAUCAUGCUCUGAUUGGCCAGACCUGAAUACACCUUGAUUGGAAGAAGGCUCACCACACUCUGAUUGGAUAAGGCCUGACUGGGCUUUCCCAGUUUUGGGAUCUCAAUGUGACUUCAACCAAUUGGAGUGAUGCAGGGAUUCCCUGGAAGAGGAGUCUCCCUCCUUCCCCUCCUCCUUCUCCUGGUGCUGUUCCGAUGCCCCUUCACUGAGCCCUGCCCCUCGUCAUGUUCCUGUGCCCAGCCCCCGCUGACAGUCAACUGUGGAUCGAGGGGCCUACAGCAGGUUCCCAGGGUAACUAUGGCCUUUCCCGGUGAAGGGGCCUCAGGCCCAGGGGCUGAGGUUCGCCUCUUCCUGCCCCACAACCGGAUCUCGGAGUUGGACGCAGGCUCCGUGCCCACAGGCCUUACAGUGCUUUGGCUCUACUCCAACAACCUGACCACGGUGAGUCCUGGGGCCUUGCGAGGCCUGGCCCGGCUGGAGGAAGUGGACCUGGGGGACAACCCAGGCCUGAGCUCCUUGAGCGAGGACACCUUCUGGGGCCUGGUCAGGUUGCGGAGCCUGCAGCUGCCACGAUGUGGUUUGUGGAGCCUGCCCGGCGGCCUGUUCCAAGGCCUCUCCUCACUGCGUUACCUCUCGCUCCAGGAGAACCACCUGUCCGAGUUGCCCCGUGGCCUCUUUGAUGACCUGUCCCAGCUCCGGCACCUUUUCUUGCACGGAAACCGCAUCCAGGCCCUGGCUGCCGACACCUUUCGGGGCCUUCGGAGCCUAGACAGACUGCUCCUGCACCGGAACCUCCUGUGGGAGGUGGAGCCUACAGCCUUCCGAGGUCUUGUCCUGCUUGACACCCUCUUCCUCUUCGAAAACAGGUUGCGGGAGCUCCCGGGCCUGGUCUUCCAGCCCCUUGCCUCCCUCCGCUUCCUUCGCCUCAGCGGGAACCCCUGGGCCUGCGAUUGUCGGGCCCUCCCACUCCGCCGCUGGUUCCGGACAUUCGCAGGGGCCAGCUCGGCCCUCGACUGCUCUGAACCGCCUCGUCUCCGGGGCAAGGACCUCCGUCUCCUCACUCCAGCUGAUUUCCGGGGCUGCCAGGGCAUCGGGGCCAGCUGGAGGCCGGAGCCAGGGCCUGGGCCUGGGCCCAGGCCUGGGCGUGUGGAGCUUCCUGCAAACUGGACUGAAGACACAGGCCUCAGCGAGCCUCCAUCCAAAGGCCAGGGGAAGGGGCAGAUGGGCAACUAUUGGCCUGGGGACUAUGACUAUGGUGAGGGCCUGUCUGCCCCCGGUCUAGGCCGCUGUGAGGGACAAGGCUGCUGGAGGAAUGCAGCCGGUGAGGGCCCUGGGAUCUUCCCAUUCCCUGUGUGGGCCUUGGCCUUGCUGUGGGACUGGUGAUCCAGGGAUGUGGAGGGGAAUUCCCAGGGCUGGGGACUCCCUCACCUUCUCCCCACCGCUCCCACUCCCUCAACCCCACCCACCAACCUAAUCUCACUCCUCCUCAAUCCCUCCCCUCAUUCUCAACCCUUCCCUCUCACUCCCUCCCUUAUAAUCCUCCACCUUCUCCUUCUCCUUGUUCCUUCUACAUCCCCCUCUCUCCGCCCCCUCACUCUCUCUCCCUCAUUUCCUCCCCAACGGUGUCCUCACUCCCUCCCCUUGCCCUGCACCUCAUUCCCUCCCUCCGUCCCCCUCAGUCCCUUACUCCAUCCGCCUCAGGCCCUCCCUCCCCUUCACUCCCUCCACUUCAACAUCUCACUCUCUCACUUCCCCACCAUUAAUCCCCUCCCCCCCAAACCUCUUCACUACCUCCCUCCCACCACCCAUCCAUCCUCAACCCCUCGGCCUAUCCUUGUUUCCCGCUCAGCCCCUGGACAGGAAGAUGGCGCGCAAUACUGCGGAAAGCUGGGAUUGAACUUUGAACCCCCGGGAUGGACCGACGACCCUUCACCUCAUCCCGAAACGUCCAGGAGAAGAUGGGGAGGAGGCGGCUCAGACAGUUGAUGCUGUCCUGACCUCCAGCAAGACCACAGCUGCGCUGAUUGUAACGUUCCCCUCCACAUUCCUGCCUAUCCCCGAUAAUCUCUCUCACCACCACCAACCCCCCAACAGCUCAGGCAUCAGCAAUCUCUCUCUCUCCCUCUGCCUUGGAAAUAGGGACAGGUUCCAUACCUACAUCUGUUUGAGGAGGGGAGUUCUACAGCUUCACAACCCUGUUGGAAAUUAAAACUGUGUUUCCUCAGAAUCCUAUGUUCCCGUUAAGUUCCUUCUGAAUCUUCAAAGGAUGCCAACAGCCAUAAUUGGGACAAGCAUAGGCCAAUUCAGUCCUUCCAGCCUCCUACCCCCCCAUUCAAUACCAGCAUGGCUGGUCAUCCAACUCGCUCUCCUGCUCCUGCUUUCUCCCCAUAUUUCUUUGAUCCCUGUAGCCCUAAGAACAGCACCAUCUCCUUCUUAAAGAUGUUCAAUCCUUCGCCAUCAAAAACCUUCCCUGGCAGAGAGUACCACAGGGCCCCCCCAUUUGCUGCAUGAAGACAUUUCUCCACAUCUCAGUCUGAAAUGGCCAAUGCUGUAUCCUUAGACACUGAGCCCCCAGCUCUCGACGUCCCCACAAUCAGGAGCAUCAUUCCUGUGUUCACCUUGGGUCUAGUGCAGUUUGAAUUUGACGGGUUUUAAUGAGAUUAGCACUCACUCUUCCAAAAUUCCGGGGAUGAUAGUCCCAACCGCCCCGAUCGCUCUUGGUACGUCAGCAAGCAGUCAGGGAAACCAUCAGCACACUCCCACCGCCAUCAGGACAUCCAGGGCCGCACUGUCGCGGGGUCAGUGCUGAGGGAGCGGUCAGUGCUGAGGGAGCGGGCACUGUCGCGGGGUCAGUGCUGAGGGAGCGAGCACUGUCGGAGGGUCAGUGCUGAGGGAGCGGGCACUGUCGGAGGGUCAGUGCCGAGGGAGUGCCGCACUGUCGGGGGGUCAGUGCUGAGGGAGCGGGCACU